AUGCCACAACAAGACAACCUGUCAGAUUCCAACAGCACAGGCUCUGAUCCAUCAGUGUUCUUCCUGACAGGCAUCCCGGGGCUGGAAUCUCUGCACCUCUGGAUCUCCAUCCCCUUCUCCUCAGUGUUCACCGUGGCCCUUCUAGGAAACUGCACCCUCUUGUAUGUUAUCAAGACAGAGCCCUCCCUACACAAGCCCAUGUUCUAUUUCCUCACCAUGCUGGCCGUCAUCGACCUGGUUUUAUCCACAACCACCGUGCCGAAAAUACUGAGCAUCUUCUGGUUUAAUUCCAGGGAGAUCAGCUUAAACGGCUGCCUGGUGCAGAUGUUUUUCCUUCACUCGUUCUCCAUCAUGCAGACUGCUCUGCUGCUGGCCAUGGCCUUCGACAGGUACGUGGCCAUCUGCAACCCCCUGCGGUAUGACACCAUCCUGACCAAUUCAGUGAUAGCAAAGAUCGGGCUGGCGGCUUUUGCCCGGGCUGUUCUCCUAGUGCUCCCUCUGCCCUUCGUCCUCAGGAGGCUGCCCUACUGCCGGUCACACAUCAUCUCCCAUUGCUACUGUGAGCACAUGGCCGUGGUGAAGCUGGCCUGUGCUGACACCAGGUUUAAUAACAUCUAUGGGAUCAUUGUUGCUUUCUUCAUUGUGGGGCUGGAUCUGAUGUUCAUCUCCCUAUCGUAUGUCAAGAUCCUAAGGGCUGUCUUAAGCCUGGCAUCCAAGGAAGAGAAACUCAAGGCUUUUAGCACCUGUGUUGCCCACCUUUGGGCCAUCUUAGUGGCCUACACACCAGUGGUUCUCUCCUCAAUAAUUUACAGGUUCGGCCACCCAGUCCCCCCACACGUACACAUCCUGCUGGCCAAUUUCUACCUCCUCUUUCCUCCCAUGAUGAACCCCAUCGUGUACGGUGUGAAAACCAAACAGAUUCGUGACCGGGUGCUUCUCCUGUUCCGAUGGAAAAGCUUCUAGGCUGACCAGGAGGGGGCUGCUGAGUGAUCAGGAAGCAGAGGAGAGGUUUUCUGAGUAACUUAGACAGCAUGUUUCUGGGGGCUUUGUGUACGCUGGGAUGGGAACUCCACCUCCAACUCACAGGGAGCCAUACACCGUCCCCUACCCGAGCUUAGCGCUGCUGGCCAGAAGGUGAUCUUGGCCAUCUCCUUGUCCUCACUCGGCCCUGUGUGUGGAGUGUGGAGGAGUGUGAAGGCAGUGGCGAUGUCUGAACAUUUGAGAGCCUAUUCCAAGUUCUUUAACAAUAUCACUGUGAUGCUCUGUACCUCGGGAGAACACCCUGCACCCCCAUGUUCAUCCUUAUAGUAUGAUUGUGUGGUAUCUAAUGCAAAGUUUGUCAUGUCGGGUCUCUUUCGAAGGCUCAUGAUACACUGAGUAUGGUUGUUAUAGAAAUGUUAUAGGUUGUAAUUUCAUGUGUAUAGUUAUGAGACUGAAAAUGUGUCCUCGUGGCUUAAAACAAGCCCAGGCAAAACUCUCCAGGAGCAGAGGGGAACAUCACAGCGGCGCAGCGAGCAGGAUGUAUUUACAGCUUGUUACUCCAAGUGGAGUUCAAAGUUCAGGCACUGAUAUUUGUGAUUUUAAGUGAGUCUUAAGUGCAGUGACUAAGAACAGUCAGGAGGAGGUCACAGUUUUGUUAUUUUCUGUUUGUUUUUUUCGGGUGAGGAGAAAUAAGCACAAGAAACAGAAGAAUGAGGACCAGUGAGGCAGUUACAAAACUAGAGCUGGUCAGACUGGAAGCAGCAGAGAAGGAAAAGGACUGCGAGUUUCAAAUGUGGCAGGCAGAAAUGAGGCUCAGAGAAGAGGAGGCUGCACACAGAAGGGCUAUGGAAGAAAAAGAGAGAGAGAGAGAAACCCCCCGCUGGACCUGCUAGAGAAGCAGAACCAGAGGCCCCCGACCCCAACGACUCCCAUCACUCCAAAAAUCCACAAAUGGGAACACUUAUGUCCUGCAUCCAGUGAAGAGGACGAUAUUGCUGAAUAUCUGACUACCUUUGAAAGCUGUGUGCAAUACAUGAAAUCCCUGAUGGUAAGAGAGUUCCUACCCUGAUUGCGAAAUUAACUGGUAAAGCUCGAAAUGGAUUCAAUGGAAUGCCUAGUGAAGAUGCUUUAGACUAUUGUAAAUUUUAAAAUACUGUUUUGCGAAGUUUUCAGGUUACCCCUGAAACAUAUAGAAUUCAAUUUAGGACUCUUAAAAGGGCUAUUGGGAUGAGUCAUGGGGAAUAGGUAAACAAAAUGAAAGAUUUGUUGGGAAAACGGGGGAGGGGUAAAGAGGUGGCAAGUUUUGAAGGAACGCUUGAUCUUGUUGCGCAAGAGCAUUUCUAAGCAUAUGUAAGGCCGAAGUAAAGCCAUGUCUAUGGGAUAACAAUGUCAAGUCAGGGGAUGAGAUGGCUUUUUGAGCUGAUGCCUUUGAACAGACUCAGGCGGCUAUUGAGGGCAGGUCAC